AUGGCGGCCAUCAUACAGUAUCGCCAACUGCGCCAAUCUGUGCAACAGCAGCUACAAACGCACAAGGAAAACGAUGUCGACUACGCUCAGAUUCCCGGGAUCUCGGUGCAGCUCGACCACAAUGGGGUCGAAUAUUUGCAGGUGGGUUGGACUGGACCUCAGGAUCCAUUCUGCCCUCAGGCAUGGUCAAUGAGCCGCCGGGUGUGUACGACUCUGUCCGUCUGCCUCAUUGCACUGGUGACAACAAUGGCAUCUGCAAUUGAUUCCGCGGUCAUCUCAGAGGCCUCUGCAGAGUUCGGAGUCUCGGAAGUAACCGAGUCCCUUGCUACUGGUAUUUAUCUGAUUGGAUUUGGUGCUGGUGCACUCGUGGCGAGUCCCUUGUCGGAAAUGAUCGGUCGCUAUCCUGUCUACCUUGGGGCACUUGUGAUAUUUGGAGCAUGGAUUCUCGGCGCAGCGCUGGCCCCGAAUAUAGGAGGACAGUUGGUCUUUCGCUUUCUUGCCGGCCUAUGUGGUGCUGCGCCUCUGACUGUGGCCGGAGGGUCCAUCUCAGACGUUUGGAACACUCUUGAAAAGACGUUUGGGUUUCCCGCCUUCGCCAUCCCUGCUUUUGGUGGUCCAACCCUAGGACCUAUGGUCGGAGCAUACAUUGGGUAUAGCCCGCAUAUCAGCUGGAGAUGGUCGGAGUGGAUUAUGCUUGUCCUAGAUGGUCUUACGAUCUGCGUGAUUUUCUUGACCAGUCGUGAAACAUUUGGUCCGCGACUACUCCUUUACAAGGCUCGAUUCUUUCGUCAGGAAACGGGCGAUCAGCGAUUCAAGACUAGGGAAGAGGCAUCCGGCGACGAGAACACUGCUACAGUUUUGAAAAGGCACUUCUCACGGCCGUGGAUUCUCCUAGCGGAGCCGAUUGUUAUUUGCUUCACUUUCUACCUUACUGUGAUUUAUAUUGUCCUUUUUACAUUCUUGGAUGGAUACCCAACCAUCUUCGGGGAAACUUACGGUAUCAACAAUGGUUUGGUCAAUAUCUGUUUCCUUGGGCUCUUCAUUGGUAUCCUGUUAGCCGUACUCACCGUGCCCAUCCUAUACGUCCAAACUGCCAGGCAGCUCCAGCGCGAUGGCGACGAUGGGUCGGGACGGAUGUUGAACCAGGAGUCUCGCUUAUUUUUCGCCCGUUGCGGCGCUCCUGUUGUGCCAAUUGGAUUAUUUUGGAUGGGAUGGACAGCUUAUCCAUCCAUCCCGAUCUGGUCGCCCCUCGCGGCGUCGAUUCUCAUCGGAUUCGGUAUCAUCUGCAUAUUUAUGUCUGCUUAUAUGUACACCAUCGAUUCAUACGGUCAGUACGCCGCAUCGGCCCUCACAUUCAUCGCUCUUGUGCGAUAUCUCGUGGCGGGUGGGAUGACGGUCGUUGGGAUCCCCAUGUACAAUAAUUUGGGCGCGCAUUGGACCCUGACAGUCCUUGGGAUCAUCAGCACCGUGGCAAUACCGAUUCCCUACGCGCUUUCAAUAUGGGGCCCUUCACUGCGGAAGAGGAGUAAGUGGGCUAUCAACAAGGAGAUGUAG